AUGUUCUUAUCACUGCAACCGCUAAUGACGGUCUCUGUGUGCUCAGUGAAUUUAUUUCCCCACCCCUUUUUUCUCGCUAUUCCUGUUGCUCGACGUGGCACAAGGGCGAUAUUCCAAAUGAGCGAUAAAAGGAAUAAAGCGCCCCCGGUUAAGAUAGUCAUAGACCCACCGGAUACCCCUGGGAAUUUUGUUGGAUACAACGUAUUGUGUUCAUCGCUUGACAAUGACCGCCUGAUGCAGCCGAUCUACGAGGCCGAGUACGACAGUGAGACGCAGGCAUGUGUGGAUAUCCGGAGCGGCGAGCACGCCUCGUAUUAUGAACACUACGCGCCGCAGGCCAGACGCAAAAAGGGGCUUCAUAUAGGGCCCGAAUCCCCUCUGCCGCGACCGGCACUGGAUUUGGAUUUACUUGCGCCUCCCAGGGCCACCGGUCUUCCCCUCGCCCCCGUGCCGAGCAGCGUGUUGCAGGACCCGGUAGCCCGGCGGUUGGCCACCGGGGUGUGGCCGCGAAAAUGA